AUGGAGUCAGGGAGAUCAUUGAAGGCAUACAACGCGAAGUACUGGGAAACCUACAAUGAAAUCCUCGACUGCCCUACCAAUCUGGCGAUCACUCAAUACAAGCGGGGUCUCCCAGUCGGGCAUAGACUACGGGAUUCGCUCACAAUGCACCAACCCACAACCAUGGAGUCCUUGAUGCAGCGGAUCAACGAGCACAUUCAUGUAGAGGAUGAUGCCGCCUCCGCGAUUCUGGCCAAGUUGGGGAAUGCACAAAGAGGCUUCAACUCAAGGUAUCGUUACACCUUCCAUGAGGAACGAGGACACCGAACGAAGGACUGCUUGCCGCUCAAACAACAUUUGGAAGAGCUAGUGGCCGCGGGACAUCUUGACCAAUACAUAGAUGGGGGUAUGAAAGUCGCGCCAUUGGGGCAAACCGAGCCAAACGGCCUAGCCGCCCUAGAGGCAGCACCCCAAGGCGUAAUCAACGUCAUCCAUGGCAUCGUUGAACCAGCAAGGGUCUACAAGCUCAGAGGGAUGAUUAAGAAAGCCGAGCACAUGAGGGAAGUGCUCUCCGUUCGGCCCGCUGUGAAGAAAGGGAAGACCGAGGAGAAGGACAUUCUUACCUUUUCGAGCAGGGACUUGGAGCGGAUCCAGAUGCCCCACAAUGACGCCCUAGUGGUAACUCUUCACGUCAAAGACUUUGACAUCAAGAGGAUCUUGAUCGACCAGGGAAGUUCGGUCGAAAUUAUGUACUAUGACCCGUUCAAACAAAUGAAGUUGGAGGACAAGGACUUGGCCCCUGCGACGUUCCCUUUGGUUGGCUUCAACUCUCAGCCAGAGUGGCCGGUAGGAAAGAUCAUACUGCCGGUCAAAGCGGGUUCAGUAACAAAGCAAGUAGAGUUCUGGGUGCUCAAAGUCCCGACCACCUAUAACUUAAUUUUAGGCAGGGGCUGGUUGCACGCCAUGCAAGCAGUAACGUCAACUUACCAUCAGGCCUUGCGUUUCCCAGCGCCAAACGGACAAAUGGAGGAAGUUUGGGGAGACCAGGUGAUGGCGAAACAAUGCUUCGUUGCGAUAAAUGGCAGCCGAGCAGCUAAAGGAUCUGUCCAAAUGAUUGAGGGACCCGAGGGAAAGGUGGUCCUUGACGACGUAGGAAGAAAGGCUGAGGAAAAAUCGGUCGAGGAUUUGGUGGAAGUGCGCGUCGACGAGAACGACCCAACUAAGUUCUUCCUCUUGGGAUCAUCUUUGGCAAGCGCCGAGCGGUUGGAUUAUGUCAACUUCUUGGUCUCCAACAUGGAGGCUUUUGCAUGGACGCCUUACGAUAUGCCUGGCAUCGACCCUAACUUCAUUUGCCAUCAGUUGAACGUCUUCCCAAACGCGCGGCCGGUCAUUCAGAGGACUCACCGCUCGGCUCUGCACCAUGCCGAGGUAGUGGCAGAGGAGGUCAAAAAUCUGUUGGAAGCGGGAGCGAUAGAAGAAGUGCAAUACCCUCGUUGGAUAUCCAACAUGGUGGUCGUCCCGAAAAAGAAUGGCAAGUGGCGAGUCUGCGUUGACUACAAGACAGUUAACCGUGCAUGCCCAAAGGAUAGUUUCCCCCUCCCUCGAAUUGACCAGCUGAACGCCAGGGUGACUUUUCAGAGGAUGGUGACAAAGAUGUUCACUCCUCUUUUGGACCGAACAAUGGAGGCCUACAUCGACGAUAUGGUGGUAAAGAGUAAGGAGAAGUCUCAAUACCUCGCCGAUCUAGCAGAAAUGUUUGCCAUACUUAAGCGCCACAAACUUCGUUUGAAUGCCUCCAAGUGCGCCUUCGGCGUCGGCAUUGGGAAGUUUCUGGGGUUUUUGGUCACAAACCGAGGGAUUGAAGCUGACCCAUCACAGAUCAAGACUAUACAAGAGUUGGAGCUCCCAAACUCCACGAAGGACGCCAAGUUCUUUUGGGAUGACGAAUGUGACUGUGCACUGGCAGACUUGAAAAUAUACCUUUCCUCAGCCCCUAUCUUAGUCACACCUCGGCCGGGCGAAGAAUUGUAUCUCUACUUGGUUGUCUCUCAACAUGCCGUGAGCGCCGUCCUAGUCCGCGCUGAAGGCAUCCAGCACUUGCCAAUCUUCUAUGUGAGUAAGACUUUGCUCCCGGCUGAGACGAGGUAUCUUCCGCUGGAAAAAUUAGCGCCGGCCCUGAUGAUGACAUCAAGAAAGCUGGCACACUAUUUUCAUGCCCAUACAAUAGUUGUGUUAACCGAGUUCCCGCUUAAGGUGCUUUUUGAAAAGGCAGACUUCACCGGAAGAAUUUUGAAAUGGGCCGUGGAAUUAGGGCAGUACGAUAUCAAAUUCCGCCCGCGCACUGCAAUCAAGGGUCAAGCUCUUGCAGACUUUGUGGCGAAAUUCGCCCCUGGAACGCAUCCAGUUUGCCCGGUUGAUUUGGUUGGUGCGGAUUUAGCACAGCCCACGGUUCUGGCGAUAGAAACGAGUGUUGGCUCAAAAGCGGGAGAAGGCCGAAGAGCGACCGCACUAGAGGAGCCGGGUGACUUCUUGGAAGACGUGCUCAAUCAAGGCAAAGAAAGAGACCAGAAUGAACCGAUCAGAGACUUGGAAUUGAGAAGCUUCCAGAACCCCUCUGAUUGUUGGAAGCUGUUUAUUGGCGAGAUGUGGAAGCUCUUCGUCAAUGGGGCAUCCAACAGGCAUGGGGCCGGGCUGGGUAUCGUACUGACUUCACCAGAUGGGCUGAUUAUCGAGCAGGCAAUUACGCUCGGCUUUCCAGCAUCCAACAACGAAGCGGAGUAUGAAGCCCUCCUUGCCGAGCUAAGAAGCGCAUUGAGAAUGAAGGCGUCAGCCUUGAUGGUAUUCAGCGAUUCCAAGCUGGUGGUCAAUCAGGUCUCGGGGGAGUAUGAGGCAAAGGACGAAAGAAUGGCCAAGUAUCAAGCGCUGGUACGCGCAGAGAUCAAGAAGUUCGUUGCAAUAAGGAUGGAACAAAUCGACCACGAGGAAAACAGCGCGGCUGAUGAAUUGGCCAGACUUGCUUCUGCUCAGACAGCUUUUCCUAACCCCUUGAUGAUAGAAUUUUUACCUUGGCCAAACGUUGAGGAACCGGAAAUGACCAAGGUGCACUGCGCUGACUUGGGUCCUUCUUGGAUGGACCCCAUCAUCGUCUUCCUGAAAGAUAGAGUUCUACCAGAAGAGAAGAAGGCAGCCAACAAGAUCCGGGCCAAGUCAGAGCGGUUUUGGCUCUCCUCGUUCGGAGCCUUGUAUAAGAAGUCUUUUACCGGGCUGUAUCUGAAGUGCGUUCACCUUGCUAAGGUGGAAGCCUUCCUUUAUGAGAUCCAUAAAGGCAUCUGA